AGGUCCAAACUAUCAAACAGUGGAUAAGGUAACAUAAAUAAUUAGGCUUUAUACAUUUUCUCAAAUCACGAAUGGAAGGAUUGAGUUAACAAGUAGCCUAGUAGCCUAUUUUAAAUUGGUGAAUUAUGUUUGACUUGAACAAAGAGUGGUCCAUCUCCUUUGCCGGGUGUGGGUUCAUGGGGAUUUAUUAUGUUGGGGCCGCCAGUUGUAUUGUCGAACGAUUUCCUCAGUUUUUUGAAGGUGCGUCCAAAAUCUACGGGGCGUCUGCAGGUGCUUUGAUGGCAAUGAUUCUUACCAUCGGAACCCCCCUAGAGAUGAGCUGUGUGGACCUGAUGUCCAUGACCCGGGAUGCCAGGAAACAUAAACUGGGCCCCUUGCACCCGGCGUUCAACAUGCAGCAGCUGGUGCGUGACUCCCUGAUGGCGAGCCUGCCCGCCGACGCCCACCUGCGUGCCUCGGGGAGGCUGUGUGUGUCUCUGACCCGCGUGUCUGACGGGAAGAACGUCAUCGCCUCAGAGUUCGACACCAGAGAAGAACUCAUCCAGGCGGUGUUAUGCAGUUGUUUCAUCCCCUUCUACUGCGGGCUCAUCCCACCCACGUAUCGGGGAGUGCGCUACGUGGACGGAGCCGUCAGCGACAACCUGCCCAACUGUCACCGGAGGAACACCGUCACCUUCUCCGCCUUCGCCGGCGAGAGCGAUGUGUGCCCCCGCUCGGCCUUCAGGCUCCACGAGGUGCGCUUCAACAACGUCAGCAUCCACGUCAACUCACAGAACUGCUACCGGGUCGCCAGCAGCUUCUUCCCCCCCGAUCCGGAGGGCAUGGCUGAGAUCUGUGACAAUGGAUACUUGGACGCCCUGCGCUUCCUUCAAGACAACGGCCUGGUCCCCAGCGAGGCUCCUCUGGCUGGUCUGGCAGUCAGCACACCGUGUUGUGAUCUGGGGAACCCCUCCACCCCGGAGACCGGUCCCAGUGAGGGGCCAGAGCUGAGCUCCCGUAAGGAGGGCCACUCGUGGCUGAGGCCGCAGCUCAUAGAGAACCUGCCUCUGGACAUCAAGCGGGCGCUGUGUGAGGGGUGUAGGGAGAAGCAUGCCCGUGGCAGCAUGUUGUCCCAGGUGAGGGAGCGGGUGCAUGGCAACAUAGCCUCCUACCUUCGCAUCCCCUACGCUCUGCCUAUGGACUCGGCCCUCAUGCUGGUCAACAGAGUAGCGGACUGGAUCCCAGAGCUGCCCCGGGGACCGGGCUGGCUGUAUGGAACGGCAGGGCGUCGCCACAGCCCAGCGGAGAGCGGGGAGCAGGGUGACCCCCUCACGGACACGCCUCCACCCAGGGACACCAGCUGGCCCUCUGAACUGAUCGCCCUCAACCAGAGUGGGGAAGAGUUUGUUUGCCCUUUGACCCCGGAGGCCACUCCCAUUCCCGCCAAUAACAACACCCUCAGCUGGGACAUCUCGGCAGAGCUCCACCAGCUCUCCCUGACGCCCCCGCCGACACCCCCCCUCGGCCCGGCAGACCACCAGGGGGCUGGGUGGGGCUCAGGCCUGGGCCGUGCCGUGGGCUGGUUCCGACAGAUGGGGUCUGAGAAGGGGUCGGCCCCCAGGCAGUCAGACAUGGGGGGUGGGCCCCCGGACAUGGGACCAGAGGAUAUGAAUGAAUAAGUAAUGUGUGAAUAAAUAAAGUUCUUAUGCUGGUCCAAA